GGACAAUCUCCAAAUUAUCUAUCCCCUGUGUCUGGGCCUAAGCCCCCACCCCCACCCCCGCCCGCCCCAACACCUGCCAGAGGUGGGAGGGGGGGCGGCUCACAUCCUGGAGAACCAGGAUCCCUGGAGAGCCCCCAGGCUGAUGAGUGAAACAUGGAGACGUCCAAGUCCUCGCACAGGCGUGGGACCCCGAGUGGCAGGACAGCAGACCCACCCCCUAUCCGGCAGGGUUUGAAGGCCCUUGGGGCCGGAAUGCCAGGGGUGAGCUCAGCCCUCCAGCUCGGCCUGCGUGAGUCUGACUAUCAGCGAGGCCACUUCUCCGGAGAAGAUUUCCAGCCCCCUCUGGGCCAUGAAGAGGCCUAAAUUUAGCUAGGAGACAAGAGGCUGGCCCCGAGCCCAGCGCCGGCGGGCCUUAUAAAGCGCGGGCAGCCGGGGCCCAGCACGCUACCCCGCGGGCUGUACCCACACAUUUCUUCUCUCCUGCCCCUGCCCGCCUGCCCCGGGCCCUGCACUGCCCGUGAAUGAGCCACCGGACCUCCUCCUCCUUCCGAGCGGAGCGAAGCUUCCACUCCUCGUCCUCCUCUUCCUCCUCCUCUUCGGCCUCCCGAGCCCUCCCCGCCCAGGACCCCCCCAUGGAGAAGGCUUUAAGCUUGUUCUCGGAGGACUUCGGCAGCUUCAUCCGGCCCCACUCGGAGCCCCUGGCCUUCCCAGCCCGCACCGGGGGGCCAGGCAACAUCAAGACCCUGGGGGACGCCUAUGAGUUUGCAGUGGAUGUAAGAGACUUCUCUCCCGAGGACAUCAUCGUCACCACCUCCAACAACCACAUUGAGGUGCGGGCUGAGAAGCUGGCUGCCGACGGCACGGUCAUGAACACCUUCGCCCACAAGUGCCAGCUGCCGGAGGACGUGGACCCCACCUCGGUGACCUCAGCCCUGGGGGAGGACGGGAGCCUCACCAUCCGGGCCCGGCGGCACCCGCACACAGAGCACGUCCAGCAGGUCUUCCGGACAGAGAUAAAAAUCUGAGGGCCUCCCCCCCCGCCCCGCCCCCAACCCCACCUCCUCCACGAAUGAGCUGCCAGCCGCAGCUCCAGCCCCCAGGACAUCUCAGCUCAGGCUCCAGCCCCUUACACCCCCAGGUCCCAGGUGGGCUGGCCCCCCACAAACGAGUGCAGCCCAUGGACCCUCUUGUGUCCCUCACGACCCUCCAGAUUCCAGAUGUGGUCUCCGACAAUUCAGAUCAGAGUGGCUGAGGUGGGGACAGAGAGGUUCCCAGAGAAGGGGGGCAAGGAGGAGAAUGGGGAGGGGUGGGGCUGGGCAAACGAUCUGCAGGACAGACAGACAAAUCCUCCUAUCUGUGGUGUCUCUGCAGGCCAGGGGCAGGGGCACUGGGGACGGGGGGGGGGUCCCCGGGCUCAGUGGACAGUGAGGAAGGGGCCUCCCCAGGGGGCCCAGUGAGGCAGGGCUCCUCUGCCACUCUCCAAGCCCCACACCAGCUGGCAGGCUGCCCACCACCCCCCGCCCCCGCCGGCCAGCUGUGCCAGGGCAGGCUCAAGGCACCUGUACCACCGAUGGGGUUUGAUGCAUAGAGCCUCAUGAUAAACGGUGUGGACUGCGGCCUUCCUCCUCCUCCUCCACCUGCCAGUGCCUCCCCGUGAGGCCAGGGCGAGGGGGCUGCCCCUCCUCCCCCCAGCAGAGCCUGGACCCCUGGGGCUGCUCCUUCUGCAGACAGGACGCCCCCCACCCCAAAGUGGGACAAAGACAUGCGCAAUGCUUGGGGGACCUCCAGGUUGGAGCCCAGCUUCUUGCAACUUUCUCUGGGCAGUUUCUGUCUAUCCUCACUUCUUCAUUUAUGAAUCUACGGGGGGUGUGAGCUUACACACACACACACACACACACACACACACACACACACACACCUCCAAAUACUUGGCAUUACCAUUAGUUGAAACCAAGUUCAGAAUAUUCUAGAGUCAGGAUUAAUGUCUGCCUUCUCCUCGGUAGGACACUGAGUCUCUGAGCUGUCCCCUGUCCCAUGCCCAGCUUCUCCCCGAGGGUCAGCUCUGAACCCCACAUGUCUCAGCUGUUCUCAGUGCUCCCCUCCGCACUGAGUGCUCCCUCCUCCCACCCUGCUGGGGCCAUGUGCCUGCCCACGUCCCCCCUGCUGGGGAGGAGAGCUCACCCCCAGCGCCCUCUGGCCCCCAAUCCAGGGUGGGACCCCAUCAGCCUGAACCCUGGAGCCUGGAGCGUGACUCUCCAUGGGGAGACAGCCGGCGGGGAGGGGUGGCUCACAGCUGGGGGCCCCCAGGACAAGUGGCUGAGCCAGCAUCGGAGUCCCGGGAGCCAAUGUGCUAUAGGGUGGCCUGACUCCUGACCUUGGGGGCCGUGGGGGACAGGUGGGCGCCAUGGGAGGUCAGGGCACGGUAACUGUACCCCUUAUUCAAUAAAGGACUGUAUCACAGA